CGCGCGCAGGAUCGAUUCGAUUCGUCACGCCAGACCACGCGCGAAACAUUAACCGCGUGCGGUAAUCUUGUUAGAGACAUGAAUACUGUCAAUAUUGAAAUGGAAUUUUAAAAAUAUGUUGAGAAUUGACUUGUAGCGGAAACUAUAUAUGUUUACCCUGCUGAGAAAAUUAUAGCUGCGGCCGGCAAAAUGAGGAUUCCACGUUAAAGAGCAAAUGACUUUUGGUGAAUGCUGAAAUUCGAAGAAUCAUUAUCUUUUUGGGGCAUCGAAAACACAUCAUCAUAUUUCAGUUUUUAGGCGACGUACUGCGAACAUUAGUUUGUUUAUUUCUUCGCGGAUCGUAGACUUACACUGAGACCUCUACUAAAAGAGAAUUAAAGAGCAAUACGCUGGUAAACCACAAUGGAAGAAGAAGCCAUGGCGUCUGAAGGCAACGCAUCUUUGGUUCACGAGGAGAAUCACUUGUCUCUCUAUACAAAUGGUCAAGUUGGCUCUGAACAAGCUAAUACGUUCGAACAACAGCAAAACAUUGUGGAAGUCACAGUAACAAAUAAACUGAGAGAAGAUUCACCUACUGUGGUCGUAAAGAAAACGGUUUCGCUCCGUAUGCAGUCCACAAUUGUCAACGGCGUUCCUGUAAAGAGUACGGAGUCCGUCGAAGAGUCUGUGGCGGCAGAAAUGGAGAAGGUUCCUAUCUUGCUUCCCAUGAAAGGACCUGAAAACACAGCAGUCGCUCUGGACGAUGAGCAGCUGAUUGAAGAAUCUGAACUCAUAGCAGUGGAAAAGACUCCUAUGUCCUUACAGAUGGAACUGACUUUUGAUUCGGGUGUUGCAGAAGGCAACGAGGAAGAAGAAAUCCUAGGAGAGACAUCUGUCUCAGAGCAAGGAGCUGGGGAUUUCCCUGACUCACACGAGGGUGAAAAGGUGCUGAACUCUAAUGGGGUAGGCAAUCAUAAAGAGGACGAAAAGGCGUUAGAUCGGGGAGACCCCAUUGAAGAAUCCUCUCCUAUAGUUAUAGAAAAAAGACCCGCGUCACUUCACGUGGAACAAGUGUUACACGAAGGAAGCUUUGGAGUCCAGGAACCAAUAGAAGAAGCUUCUGCCGUUGCUGUGGAGUCAGAGCCUCGAGUAUGCGACUACCACCCCAUGUUGGAAGAAACUGUAGAAGGUGAGAACGUUGAUGGUAACUGUGUAGAAGUGGAAUAUGAACCAGCUACCACGACACAUGAAAACGAAGAACAGACGGUGGAGAUGACAGCAGACGAAUCUCCACUUGUCGUAGAAAAGCGGCCUGUAUCACUUCACAUGGAGGCUGCAUUUGACCACAAGGAAGAGGAAGAAGUUAGAACACCAAUAGAAGAGGCUCCCCUCGAGAUCAUCGAUAAAAGACCUGUAUUACUUCAUAUGGAUCAAAUAUUUAAUGGAGAAGGAGGCGUUGAAGUCCAGGAACCAAUAGAAGAAGCUUCCGCAGUUGCUGUGGAGUCAGAACCUCGAGUGUGUGACUACCAUCCCAUGUUGGAAGAAACUGAAGAGGAGGAGGACGUUGAUGGUAACACUGUGGAAGUCGAAUAUGAAUCAGCUGCCACGAAACCUAGAAGCGAAGAAGAAAUGGAGACUGAAACUAAGGAAACGAUAACAGAAGAAUCUCCACUUGUCGUGAAAAAGAGGCCUGUAUCACUUCACAUGGAGGCUGCGUUUGACCACAAAGAAGAUGAAGAACGUAGAGAACCAAUAGAGGAAACUCCUCACGAGAUCAUCGAAAAAAGGCCUGUGUCGCUUCAUAUGGAUCAAAUAUUUAGUGAAGAAGGAAACAAUGAAGUACAGGAACCAAUAGAAGAAGCUUCCGCAGUUGCUGUGGAGUUCGAGCCUCGAGUAUGCGACUACCACCCCAUGCUGGAAGAAACUGUAGCAGAUGAGAACGUUGAAGGCAACACUGUAGAAGUCGAAUAUGAACCAGCUGCCAUGACAUCGGGAAACAAAGACGAAGUGGACACUGAAACCAAGGAGACAAUAACAGAAGAAUCCCCACUUGUCGUAGAAAAGAGGCCUGUAUCACUUCACAUGAAGGCUGUUGUUGACCACAAGGAAGACGAGGAAGUUAGAAAACCAGUAGAAGAAGCUCCUUACGAGAUCAUCGAAAAAAGGCCUGUGUCGCUUCAUAUGGAGCAAAUGUUUAAUGAAGAAGGAAACAAUGAAGUACAGGAACCAAUAGAAGAAGCUUCCGUCGUUGCAGUAGAGUCAGAGCCUAGGUUGUUCGACUACCACCCCAUGUUGGAAGAAAGGGCAGAGGAUGAAAACGUUCAUGGCAAUUCUGUGGAAGCUGAAUAUGAACCAGUCGCCUCGAAAGCAGACAUAAAAGAGGAAACAAAGACCGAAACUGGACCAAGGGAGACAGUAGCAGAGGAAUCUCCACUUGUCGUAGAGAAGCGACCAGUGGGGCGUCACAUCGAAGCUGCGUUUGACCAAAAGGAAGACACUAAAGAGCCAAUAGAAGAAGAAGUAUGCGACUACCAUCCCAUGUUGGAAGAAACUGUAGAGGAUGAGAACGUUGAUGGUAACUGUGUAGAAGUCGAAUAUGAACCAGCUGCCACGACACUUGAAAACCAAGAAGAGACGGUGUCUGAAACAAAGAAGGUGAUAGCAGAAGAAUCUCCGUUUGUCGUAGAAAAGCGACCUGCAUCACUUCACUUGGAGACUGUGUUUGUGCACAAGGAAGAAGGAGAGGUUAAAGAACCAAUCGAAGAAGCUUCUAUCGAGAUCAUCGAAAAAAGACCUGUGUCACUUCAUAUGGAGCAAAUGUUUAAUGAAGAAGGAGGCGUUGAAGUACAGGAACCAAUAGAAGAAGCUUGCGCCGUUGCUGUGGAGUCAGAGCCAAAGGUGUGCGAUUACCAUCCCAUGUUGGAAGAAACUAGAGAGGAUGAGAACGUUGGUGGUAACUCUGUUGAAGUCGAAUAUGAACCAGCUACCAUGAAACUUGAUUUCGAAGGUGAAAAGGAGACUGAAGGAAUGGACGCGAUAACGGAAGAAUCCCCACUUGUCGUAGAAAAGCGACCUACAUCACUUCACAUGGAGGCUGUGUUUAAACCCAAAGAAGAGGUUAAAGAACCUAUAGAAGAAGUUCCUCAGGAGAUCAUAGAAAAAAGGCCUGUGUCGCUUCGCAUGGAGCAAGUAUUUAACGAAGAAGGAAGCAAUGAAGUCCAAGAACCAAGAGAAGAAGUUUCCGCCGUUGCAGGGGAAACAGAGCCUAGAUUAUUCCAUUACCACCCCAUGUUGGAAGAAAAGGUAGAGGAUAAAAACGUUGAUACCAAGUCUGUGGAGGUGGAAUAUGAACCAGCUGCCACGAAACGUGAAAGAGAAGAGGAAACAAAAACUGAUACAAGUGAGACGAUAACAGAAGAAUCCCCCCUUGUCGUAGAAAAGCAACCUGCAUCACUUCACUUAGAGGUUGUGAUUGAUCACGAGAAAGGUCCUGAAGUAGGGAAACCGGUUGAAGAAACUCCUCCAAUUGUGGUAGAGAAGACACCUAUCGAUAACAGCCAAGAAAACGAAUCCGUUGCCGAGGAAGAACCAUCGUCAGUACAUGUAUUAGACAUACCUGAAGUAGAGAAAGUGAAGGAAGUUGAGGAUUCUGUACAAGAAGCUGUCGCUUCUGCUGUGGAGAGAAAGGCUCCUGAAUUUCACUAUGAACUACUACAGACGGUGGAAACAGAAGACGAAAAGCCAGACGACACGACCGUGGAGGUUAAAGUAGAGGAGAAUCAGGUCCGUGAAACAGAAAUUCUUGACGAUGAAGUUCAGGUACCUGAAUUGAAAGGUAACGAAGUAAAAGAAUCGAAGCGCAGUGAAGUCAUCACUAAAACAGAAGUCAUUUCUACAGUCACCAUUAAUCAAAGAACUGGCGACGAAACCACGCAGGAGAUGGAAACCAAUGUGGUACAGACAACGUAUGAAAAGAAAACAGUGGAGUACUCAAACACGAGUACUACAGAAGAAGCGUGCGCAUCAACAUCCUUCACCAAACUCAAUCAACACGGCAGGGAUGAUGACGAGAAGCUUUUGCGUCACGUGCUUAGAAAGAGGCUCUCGGCUCCCGAAGUACUCCCAGAAAAAGAGAAUGAUGGUUCGGCACCUUUGGCUGCGUCGGAGGAUCGUGGAAUUCUGGAGUCUCAGGAGCAGUUUACGUUUGUAGACAACUCCCGAAAGAAGGACUGGACGCCCAUUAACAAACCACAAGUGUCAGUUGCUACUCCGUCUGAGACAGAACCUUAUGAAGACGUGGCGGACGAGAAAAAGCUUAUUGCAGACUCUCCGGGUGAGGCUAAUGUUGCCGUUGGUGAUUCCGUGGAAAAGGAAGAUCGCUCCGGCGAAUCGUUGCCCGUGCUGUUAUUGUUGGCGCCUGAGGAGGAGAAAGGUGAUCACGAAAACGAACAGAAGAAAGGAAAGGCAAGUGGACCUUCUUCUCCUCAGUGCAAGUGCUGUUCGUUAAUGUAGGGCGGAAUCUGAGCCGAGUUGGAAAGUAAGAGCAAUCGCUAGCCUUGUCGUCAGUUAACGCCUUUUUGGAAGGUUAUUAUCGUAAUGUAACACUCAGGCUAUUAAAGAACGUGCUCGCUGCCUUCGAUUAUUUCCUAGCAGCUUUUAACGUUAAGAAUCAGGGAACGUGACGUACAUACGUCCAAGCUAUGGCUUGAUUCCGGAUGGUUGUCAGGAAAACCUCCAAUGUACUUUGGACAAGGAUUUUUUACUUCGAAAAAAGUAUGUUAUUUUAGAUGACGAAGCGAAUGAUGUAUCUCAUAGUGGUCUGUAAAGAAUAUUACUCGUAGGGACAGAAAACAUCACAUAAUAUCAAAUCAGUGUAUUCCCUUUUUACCUGAGAGUAUUGAUUGAGUUAUUUUAAAUAUUGUACUAUUCGAUAGCCUCUUUAAUUAGCCCUAUUUUCAGUAUUUAGCCGCAAUAAUAACUUUGUUUUAUGAGGAUUUUGAUCAAAAAUGGUGUUGAACUUAUUAAGUCUGGAGGGAGAACAGAUAAAAUAUGACUUCAAUAAUACUUAUGCCUAAUAAUUAAACAUCGAGAAGCUUCGUGACUAGGA